AUGCAUCGGUUCCCCGUCCUCGACUUCCCUCUUUCUUCCUUGUUCUACUCUUCUAGUGCUACUGCCGAGCCAUGCCAGUAUCCUUCCAGUAUGGAUGAAUACACCCCGGAAGCACUGGUGAACCGCGACGAGCCUAUUCCCGUUUUGAAUAUCUCCUCUAAACCGAGGCGCAUGGGCAAAGGCUCCCCGGACAGUGCCCACUCGCGCUCAUCUUCGCAGUCCAAGAAUUCGAUCCAAGACCGAUUGCUGACCAAAAUCGGAGUGGUCUUUCUGUUCCAGAACCGGGUCGAGCGCCUGUUAGGCUGGCGGAACCCGACUCAUACCCUUUCUUUUCUCUUUGUAUACUCCUUCAUCUGCUUGGACCCGCACCUGCUGGUGGUCUUGCCUCUGGUGGUUCUCUUACUCUUUAUCAUGGUGCCGGCAUUUAUCACUCGCCACCCUCCACCACCUUCGACCUCCACCUCCAGCAUUAUUCCCUAUUACUCCUAUGAAGGACCGGCACUAGCGCCGGCAAGCACCAUUAAGCCGGCCUCUGAAACCUCCAAGGACUUCUUCCGAAACAUGCGAGACCUACAGAAUUGCAUGGCCGAUUUCUCAGAUGUCCACGACGCAGCCAUCUCCGUGUUUGCGCCGUUGACUAACUUUUCCAAUGAGAAGCUGUCUUCGGCUCUCUUUUUAGGCUGCACUGUUGCCGCUGCGGCUCUCUUCCUGUCAGCACAUCUCUUACCGCUGAGGCUGAUUAUGCUUGUUGGAGGCAAUGUAGCGAUCUUGUCGAACAACCCGAAAUUCCGGCUCUUCUUCCAAACCCUGAUUCAAGAUGUCGGAGGUGAAGAUUUGGAUCCUCCAGGAGACCAAGAUGUAUUCAGCACUGCUCUCCCAAAAGAUCCAUCCGCGGCUAUGUCUGCAUUGGAAAAUCUGACAGACAUCUCGCUGGACACCGAUCCCGAGGAGCGCGAGGUGGAGAUAUUUGAGGUCCAGCACCGUGCACCGGGAACAUCAGAGUCUGGAUGGGAGAAUUUCCUUUUCAGCCCUCAACCAUACGAUCCGCUAUCUCCGUCCCGUAUUGCUGGAGACCGACCCCGCGGGUGUCGCUUUUUUGAUGACGUUCGGGCUCCAUCUGGCUGGAAAUGGAAGAGCAAGAAGUGGGAACUUGAUUUGGAUUGCCGGGAGUGGGUGGUUGAGCGCAUGAUCACCGGUGUUGGCUUUGAAGUUCCAGGUGUUUCUCCAGAAGGCAAUGCUAUUGUCGACGAAGUUGGCGGUUGGGUCUGGGACCUCCCUUCCGAAUCCGCCUCGACACAAGAAGAAAGUGAGGAGAUUACCACAAUGGCAUACGGUGACUUGGAACCAGAGCCAAAUCCCUCGUCCAAGAAUAAGGGCAGCGCACCAUCGAAAGACAGACGUCAGGCCAAGUCUGCCCAGGAUUGGGAGGAAGCAGGGAGUGCUUCGUACGGAGUUGGAGAAUGGCGACGUCGUCGGUGGGUGCGAAUUGUGCAGCGUGUGAAUCUCCCACCAGCUGGAAUCGUCACAUACUCGACUCUCGGCACCAAUUGA